GACCGUGAGCGACAUAAAAAGAGUACUGUUCUUAUCGGCUAUGGUUUAAACGGUCCAUUUACCGUUCCUUAUGUUUACAAAGUAGCAGCAAUGAGGGCUUUACCAUUUUCAAGCGAUAGAUUCGAGCGUCGCGAAGGAAUAUUUAACCCUUCGAGGACGAAUGUCUUCGCAAUGGCUGCACCGAGUUUUCUCAAGUACAGUACAAAGCAAUUGCAAUACUUUUGCCGAGGUCAUUUUCAAUUGCUGCGGGACUGACAUUUGCUACUUGAGCUGGAAGGCAGUAAUGGCGGACGAAUGGUAGCUAGCACCAUCUACUGCAGAUUUUGGGCACGACAGACAGUUAGUUGUCAUAGCAAUGGGUGAAAUACAAACUCUGGAAUUAAUAAAAAUAUAUACGCGUGUAGCACAAAUGCACGCGUAUAUAUUAUAUGGGCAAGUACUCACGUUUAUCAUGGCUCUUUUGCCAGUAAAUUAUCAACGCAGUUUCAGUUUUCGAUGCUUGGAAUUAUCUUGACCGAAUGGUGCCCCGAAUCUUCGCAUCGUGUUUGAGUUAUAAACAAACGUUAAUAAUUAAUUGGCAGGAGCUACAAAUGAGGAUAGAGAAAGUGGCAGCACUUUCGAGAGAGAAUGUCAGUUUCUAGAAGUUGUUCGGAAAUUGCUUACAAGCCAGUUUAUUGUCGCAGACGAACUUCAAGAGCCAGGCAUAGUUUGACAACGCAUAAUGGCCAUAAGGAACCAACAGAUCAUGUUACGGAUAAUGGUAAUGAUCAUGAAGGAGAUACACCUUUAAGAAGUAGAAGUAAAAAAAGUGGAAGAUGUAGAAGGAUAAAUGAAGAAAAAGAUGUAGAGAAACAUCCAGUUGACGAAGCUGAUGCAGAUUCGAGUAUUAUUUCAACAAGAAUGAAAGACAAACAUGUUUCGAAAGGUACGUUAAAGAUAGCUAAUGAUUACCAUAAGUUGGAGAAACGUUACAAGCAUGUGAAGGAUGAAUAUGAAAUGUUAAAUAGACUAAUGGAGCAAAGAGAAGCAGAGUUUCAGAAAGCAUGUUUGCAUUAUGAAGAAAUGGUACAAGAGUUGGAAAAUGACAGAGUGGAAUUGAUUAAUCGUAACCAGAAACUUGAAGCUGAGAAAUCUCAAUCAAAGGAAGAUAUACAUUUACUGAAAAGCAUUGUUUAUCAGUUAAAUACUGAAUUGGAAAGGUACCAAGAUAAAUUGGCCAAUGGCAAGCAUAAAACUAUUGGUACAGAAAAUAAAGGAGAGAGGUGCAAUGAAAGGGUUUGGAGUGGCAUUAAUUUUCAUGCAUUGGGGCCAUUGUUGAAUGCUUAUCAGGAGAAUUUGUCAGAAAAACGAGAGCUCAUAAACAUGUAUGAACAAAACAUGGCCAACUUUGGUAACAGGUGUAAAGAGAUACUUACUGAGAAUGAACUUAUGCACCAGGAAGUAAAGGAAUUAAGGUCAGAAUGUGAUAGGUAUGCAAAAGAACUUAGGACGACGAUCGAGAAUACUGCCAUGCUGAGGAAACAAAAUGAUUUUCUGCAAAAAGAAACUAGGGAUACAAAACAAGAUGCGAACGAACUUCGUUCGUCGUACGAAUCAAAGAUAAAAGUCCUUUUAGAACAGAACGAGAUCCUUAAAACAGAACACGCCGCUAGUAUGUCGCAAUUGAGCAAUCUCAAGGGAAAGUACGAAGUUUUGAACGAAGAAUUUGAGAAGGUGAAACACGAAGAGAAGCAGACAGUGCCUAUGAGCGCUCACACAGCCGCAAUCGACGAAUGCAAAACGUUGCUAGACGAAUUAAAGUAUCGAUACGAGAACGAGAAGCGUACUCUGUCUAACCAAAUAAAACGCAUAGAGGAGAAUCAACCGGAGAACGAGAAGCAGUUGGUGAUGACCACAGCGGAAAGGAAUCAUUUGAAGAGUCUUGUCACAAAUCUAGAAGCUAAUUUGAAGCGCACGCUACGUAAAAACGAGUACCUGCGGAGUGUCUCAUAUUCGACUCGUGUUUCACGUGAUUCUGUGAGGGAGCAAUUGAGCAAGGCGACCGCCUAUUGCGGGGAAUUAUUCACAGAGUACGAAAGAAUUGUUUCGGAGAGGGAGAAGUUGCUGGCCCUCCUACGCGAAACGGAAAAAGAGAACGCGAGCAUCGAUCGUCUAGGGAAAAGCAUUAGCAGCCGGGUAGCAGGUUUAAAAGAUCAAUUAGAGAGUGUAAGGAGAGGCGCGAGGCAACAAGUCGAGACUGUACAGAAGCGUAUACAGUUACAAGAAGUACGAGUGCGCAAAAUGAAACGUGAAUAUCGCCGCAAAGUACGACAGCUGAGAGAGGCAAUUAAGCAGAAAGACGAGACGAUUGCGAGUCUGCAAGAAACGGCCGUUAGCCGAAAUAAGUCGACCCGACAGUUGCCCCGGGCGACGAGCGACGAGAAACCUACAGCCGCGCCGUCCAAAGAAUCUCAUAAUCCUUAAAUCGAGCCUGUAAACGGUCGGCAUAUUGUAAAACGCGAGAUACGAUCGUUCGCAAUAGGUCGGACUUUGUAACCGAUUCACGGCGAAUCAUGAUUAAGGAAUAGGUGCUGCUCGAAACACCGUGGCACCUCGUAUUUACCGACCGUGUCAGUCGCUUUAUAUAGCGGUGACAUCAAAGGAAGCAAGUGGCUGCGAAGGCUACCGUUCGCCACUGUAUGAACCGCGGAUGGCAACGGUGGAUUCAGUAACCACCUCUCGGCGAAAAAUUGAUGUCAUCCAUUAUAGGUAUGAUGUCAGACGCGUUCCAUACAUUCAUAUGCAAAAGACGUGUUUUAGCCUUAAGCCUUUUAU